CUUUUCCCCCUCCGUGGCAGGGGUCUUUUUUAAAAGUCUCAGCCCCCAGUCCUCCUCCCUCAGGAUCCUGCCCUCUCUCGUUUACCCAUCUUUGUCCUUGAGGGAGUCCUCUUAUUGUUAUUCCCUUUCUCUAUGAACUCCUAAUUAUCCCUAAUUCUAGUCCCUCACGAUCGCCGUUACUUGAAACACCUUGAUAACGGGUUUCCUAUCAACGGCCAUACAUUCGCUUUACCCUUCAUUUUCUCACCCACGAAAUCCUAGAACUAAUCACACCAUGGCCGAAGAACCUCAGGUCAUGUCAAUCCAGCAACGGAUUGCGGCACUUAAACAAGCGCAAGUUGGUCAAAGCUCAGGAACCGAUACCAGCGAGCCUGCCCUUGUCCAGCCCACUCUUUUGCCCAUCCGUCCGGCUGCUCCCCCGCGACCCAAAACCUUCACCACCAACGACGCCAACGACAGUUAUAACAGCCAUGCUGCUGGCAGCUAUGGCUCCGUCUACAAUCGUUCGUCCGCCUCAAAUGACGCGGUCCCUCCUAGACCUGUCCCUCGUCCCGCUACUGCACCAGCACCGCCCCCGGUAAAACACAAAACGCCCCCUCCUUUGCCUGCUCGCAAGCCCUCCGAUCAACAGCGCCCAGCACUACCACCGCGCAGACCGACUCAACCCUCUCAUAAAGGCUCCUUAGAGUCCAUGGCCUCAGAUAUAUCUAGAUCGACCACUACAAGUACCGGAAGGACAUCGGCUAGCUCCAUUAAUACAGGCCCUGGCCGCUCCCUGCCACCCGCUUGGGGCGAGGCUGAGUUGCCUCCAUUGCCCCCAAAGCGCCAGCCACAACCACCACCGCGACCGACGCCCACGACUAUGAGGAGUAGCAGUAGCAGCAGCAGGCUAUCUCCACCUCGUCCGUCUUUGCCCUUGCGGCGGAAAUCCAGCCAGAGCAACUACUCCAUGGAAAGCAAUGAUUCGCAGGCUUCCCGGCUGCCUCCCCCACUACCGUCUAGAAGCACCAGCGACAGGUCGUCGACUAUCAACGAAGAGGAAGAAAAGAACCCACCACUACCAGCUCGGAGGCUGCCCCCACCCCCGCCGUCUAAUGAUACGCUGGGUAAGCUCAAACAAUCCGGCUUUGCGGCGAUCAACAAAUCCUUUGGCAGUGCCAAUGGAGCUGCCAAUGAGCACAACUCCAAUGGUGUGCCCCCACCUGUCCCGCUGGCGUCGCGUCCGGAUCUCUCCAAAAUCCAAGCUACGAAGCCUCGUCUGUAUGCGUCCAAUGUGCCCACGAUUCCCACACCUGUUGCGUGCUUGAAAUGCCGCGACUUCUCUGCCGCCGAUGCCCAUGCAGCCCGAUAUCCGCGCACGUCUCUCCCAACACAUGACCUGUCCUGGCUGGCGAAUGAACUCACGGCACCGUUUCCGUCGCUCACGGACAAAGCUCGUGUCAUCUUUACAUGGCUCCACCACAAUGUCGCGUAUGACACAGAGGCUUUUUACAAUAAUCGGGUAAAGAAGCAAACUCCGGCCAAUACACUCGCGACGGGUAUGGGUGUGUGUGAAGGGUAUGCUGGGUUAUUCACUGCGCUUGCUACACAUGCAGGUCUGGAGGCGAAGACGGUCCAUGGCCACGGUAAAGGCUAUGGUUAUGUGGCACCUGCUCCCGGCUCUUCAUUACCUCCUGUUCAAGGUGGCCAUGCUUGGAAUGUGGUUAGGAUUGAUAACGGGCAGUGGAAGCUGAUUGACCCCUGCUGGGGCGCUGGGUGCGUCCAUGGCCCAGGAAAACCUUACCAGGCGCAGUUCGACCCGACCAUGUUCACGGACACCAAUGACGAGCUGGGGCUGAAGCACUUUCCGCAAGACCGAACGCAGUUCUACCGGGAUGAUGGACGUCCCGAGAUCAGCUGGGAGGAGUACCUUUUGGGCAAUCCCUCUUCGCCGCUGUGCGUUGAGCAGCCAUUGGUGUUUGGGGAGGCGAAGAAGAACCACAUUGGAGUGCGAUCCUUCCGCCCGGCUGCCAAGCAGAUCUCGGUGCAUCAGGGAGGGCCGGUGCGUUUCCAGUUCAGUCUGAUCUGCGAGCACUGGACGCUGGAGCAUCACACGCGGGCUAAGCCUGGACUGUUUCUGCUGAUUGUGAACGGAGUGGAUGGGCAGAAGGAGGAACGCCUUGUAAUCACCCACGUGCCGGGAUCCAACCCGAACGGCGGGGGAGACGUGUGGUACGUGGACGUGCCGGACUCCAGGAUGCUGGGGGCGCCGGGCCAGCAAGCGCUGAUAGUGGUGCUGAGCCGGUUCGGGGAUCGAAAGGACGUCCGGGGGUUGACAGCAGAGGAAUACCGGGCGCGAGCCGGUAAGGUGCCGAUGGAGUAUGUCUUCAUUGCACAGUGGGAUCUCGUGUAAGGCGCGGCAAAGGGGGUCGGCAUGGGCAGCCGGGUAAUUAGGGUUGGCUGCCCUGCAUGGUUUGAGUAUUUAGUGGACUAGUGUUUCUCCUUUUGUGUCUCUGUGGCUUUUUUGGCUUUUUCUUCCCCUCUUCUCCCGGCUUGGAGAGGCUUGUCUCACCCCCGACAGCGGACAUCAUGGUUUGUUCCGAGAUUUCCCGUAAUGAUAAUGACCUUGGUCGUAUAUAUAUACACAUAUACCGCACAUGAAGAUGCAAUCUGGGACCAACCAGUCUUUUGG